UUGUUUUCAAAUACAAUCUUUGGGGGCGGGCCGCCGGAGCGCGACCAGCACACGCGGUGCACGUUAGAGGCGUCAAUUGUUUGAUUUUUUUUAACUCUUAUGAAGAAGAGCGCGAGGAAUUAAGCUAAGUGACUGUGUGUGUGAGAGAGCGAGAGGGAACGAUGAAUUCCAAAGAGAGUUGCAGAACUGAGCUCCGGACUGCGAUUAAUCAGCUCAGUGAUCGUGGCCUUUACUCCGCCUCCAGAUGGGCAGCAGAACAGUUGGCAGGAAUUGAGCAAGACCCGGCAAAGUUCACACCUGCAAACACCAGAUUCCAGCGUGGAAGCUCUAGCAUCCGCCGGAGAUUCCGAACGAAUGAGAUCACUUCGACACCAGUCGCUGGUGUGUCAUAUGUGUCAACUCCAGUGAUGGAGGAGGAUGAUGCGGUUGAUGGUGACUCUUACCUUCUGGCCAAGUCUUACUUUGACUGCCGGGAGUACAGGAGGGCUGCUCAUGUCCUUCGAGACCAAACUGGAAAGAAAUCUGUGUUCUUGCGAUGUUACGCUCUAUAUCUGGCUGGAGAAAAGCGGAAAGAAGAAGAGAUGAUUGAACUUGAGGGACCCUUAGGUAAGAGUGAUGCUGUGAACCGCGAACUGGUCUCUUUGGAGCGUGAGUUAUCAACGCUUCGCAAGAAUGCUGCAAUUGAUCCAUUUGGGUUAUACUUGUAUGGUCUUGUGCUCAAAGAGAAAGGCAGUGAGAAUCUUGCUCGUACAGUUCUUGUUGAGUCUGUGAAUAGCUACCCUUGGAACUGGAAUGCAUGGUCUGAGCUGCAGUCUUUGUGCACUACAAUUGACACCUUGAACAGCCUUAAUCUCAAUAACCAUUGGAUGAAGGACUUCUUUCUUGCCAGUGCUUACCAAGAACUUAGGAUGCACAAUGAAUCUUUAGUAAAAUACGAAUAUUUACUGGGAACUUUUGGUUUUAGUAAUUACAUCCAGGCUCAAAUUGCAAAAGCUCGGUACAGUUUAAGGGAAUUCGAGCAAGUCGAAGCAAUAUUUGAAGAACUUCUAAGAAAUGAUCCUUAUCGAGUUGAAGAUAUGGAUAUGUAUUCCAAUGUGCUCUAUGCAAAAGAGUGUUUUUCUGCCCUAAGUUAUCUUGCCCAUAGAGUAUUUAUGACUGAUAAGUACAGACCUGAAUCUUGUUGCAUUAUUGGGAAUUAUUACAGUUUAAAGGGGCAGCAUGAGAAGUCAGUUAUGUAUUUUAGGAGGGCACUCAAACUGAACAAAAAUUAUUUAUCUGCUUGGACACUUAUGGGUCAUGAGUUUGUUGAGAUGAAAAAUAUUCCAGCCGCUGUUGAUGCCUAUCGACGGGCUGUAGAUAUAAAUUCGUGUGAUUAUCGAGCAUGGUAUGGAUUAGGACAAACUUAUGAGAUGAUGGGCAUGCCUUUCUAUGCUCUCCAUUACUUCCGAAAAUCUGUGUUCUUGCAGCCAAAUGAUUCUCGGUUGUGGAUUGCAAUGGCUCAGUGUUAUGAAACUGAGCAGCUUCGCAUGCUUGAGGAGGCAAUCAAGUGCUACAGAAGGGCAGCAAAUUGUAAUGACAGGGAAGCAAUUGCCCUACACCAACUAGCAAAGUUACAUUAUGAACUUGGCCGUCCUGAAGAGGCAGCAUUUUACUACAAGAAGGAUAUGGAGAGAAUGGAAGCUGAAGAGAGGGAAGGACCAAAUAUGGUAGAAGCCCUGCUUUAUCUUGCUACAUACUACAAAGCCCAGAAAAGAUUUGAGGAAGCAGAAGCAUAUUGUACCCGUCUUCUGGAUUAUACUGGCCCAGAGAAGGAAACAGCGAAGAGUUUACUACGAGGAAUGAGAACAGCACAGUCUAAUAUCCCUUCAAUGGAUGUUGAGCAUUUCCCCCCCUGAAUUUCUUAUUACUACAUGGAUGUUGUAGACCUCUUCUCCCAGUUUCUGGCUUAGGGAAAUCAGUGAUUCAUAAAAGCUUUGGAUAAGAUCACAAUACAAGCAUAAGUUGAUGUAUUUUCAAACGCAAUCAAAGUGGGGAUGUGCCGAACAACGUUUGAGUCUGUGGAGCUGCAGUCAUCUAGGAUAGGUGUUGGUACACUAGUGUAACAUAUGGACUUUUGAUUUAUCAUCCAGAAGCCUGUGUACGUGUAGUUCUUCCUGGGUUAAUAUGUAUUGUGAUCAUCUAUUAAUGUCAUCUCAGGCCUAGAAAUGUCAUUCUUGUUUUUUCCCUUCAUGGUU